AUGCCCAUCCAAGACUACGGCGUCUGGAAGGGCAGACCUGUGUCAUACGAGGUGGAUCCGCCGCAUGACCGUUCUCCUCACAUCAACCUCGUCUUCACAGGCGAUGGGCCAAGAAAGCUGAAAGCGGCCAUCAACGUCAAGUCCCAAACCAAACCGCAUGAGCUCGUAUACUGGUUCGAUCGCAACUUUUCCCAUCCACUCACCCUGGCUCUCGUGCAGCUGGAUUAUGGCUUCCAAGCCAUUGAGCCCGACGACUCACAAACUAUGGAUCUAGCACUCGACUAUGUACGGACCCCUGAUAUCCUCCAACUUCAAGAAGGCAGGAUCCUGCCUUUCAUCGAAGACGGCCCAGACAACGACAUUUUGGACCAACUUCAACCGAUUCUCGACGACGCUAUCCAGCAGAAGGCGGACAUCUAUCUGUAUGGGUCAUCCUUCGGACCAGGUGGCAUCCACGAGGUACAUAUGAAUCAAGGGAGUACUGGAUUCGACAACGGCGUUAGACAGGAUGGAGGGUUCUUGCUUCGCUUCGCCGAUGGGCGUUGGGCGGCAGUAUUUCUGGCAUUUGCUUCGCAGCGCAUUCCGACAGAUGAUACAUCUGGCGAGCCGUUGCCUGGUAGUCAAUCUCGAUCUCUGAAGAGCAUCAUUGAGAGUCGCGGUCGAGCACGCCUGUAA